CAGUUUAAUACGUCAUCCGAACCGGAGCCACCGGAAAAGUGUGUUCUUUGGCCCCGCCCCGUCAGCUCAGUCAAACCAAGCUGAAGAAGGCGACUCCACGGCUAAAAAUAUAAUAGCUAACACAAGAUGUCCGCUUUGCCCCGUAGGAUUCUAAAGGAGACGCAGCGGUUGUUGGCAGAGCCUGUCCCGGGGAUCACGGCUAAGCCCGAUGAAACAAAUGCACGUUACUUCCAUGUGGUCAUCGCAGGUCCUCAAGACUCCCCUUUCGAAGGAGGCACCUUUAAACUUGAACUCUUUCUCCCAGAAGAGUACCCCAUGGCAGCUCCCAAAGUGCGAUUCAUGACCAAAAUCUACCACCCCAACGUCGAUAAACUGGGAAGAAUAUGUUUAGACAUUUUGAAAGAUAAGUGGUCUCCAGCCCUGCAGAUCCGUACAGUGUUGCUAUCGAUCCAGGCGUUAUUAAGUGCUCCCAAUCCAGAUGAUCCCCUGGCAAACGACGUUGCAGAGCAGUGGAAGAAAAACGAAGGCCAAGCCAUCGAGACAGCCCGAACAUGGACCAGGCUCUACGCAGGCAACAACAUUGAAGUAUAGAAGAUGAGAGACAAGGCGUCUGAAUGUGAUCAACAAAAUGUACUCCUAUUCUGUCAAGAUGGUCUCCUCCUUCAUUUGAAUUUCAUGGACACAAAAAAAAAAACAAAAGAAAAAAAAAGAAAUAAUAUAAGUCCAAAUCUAUUUGAGAGAGAAAUUACAAGAUUUACUGCUGCGAACCUCUGGGUGACUUAUUUUCCUCUCCAAGACGCGUUAGCUCUGUGUUAGCCUUUGUCCUGUGUCGCUGUUUAAAUGCAUGGACAGAGAGUGGCGCCCUCCCCACUACAUUCUUAACAAGUGUGUUGAAAUAUCAUGCGAUAUCCCAUCCCAAACUAAACACAUACUGGAAUGUUUCCAAAAAUACUCAACAUGCUUUCAAAGCUGUGCUACUUUUGACACAAACCACGUCUGUCUGUCACGAGGGACAUCACUCUGUUAUUUCAACACAUUUUUAAGGCUGUACCGCUGCUGUCCUUUUCCCUAAUUGUAUAAGCAAGCCAGUUGUAUGAAUGAUGAACUUUCCCCAGCUCUUUCAAGGGAAUACAUUGACUUUUCAGCAAAUUAGCCCAUGCAUUAACUGACCUUUGAGCAACAAGAAGAAAUGAUUGCAUUUCCGCCGCUUUGUGUCCAGUAUUUGGGAUUGUAACCCUGCAUGCUGAUGCUUCAGAGCGCUGGUGCCAGCUCGCUCUGCAUCAUCCCACAGGCACAGAGAUACACAGAGAUAAAUACUGAACACAGAGGCACACCUUGCAAUCUUUUCAUCUCAUGGUAAAUGUGAUCGAAGAGCGCAUUUGUCAAAGCAUAAGUAUAUUUUAAGGGUUACAAAUACAGCCCCAAACCCAGCUGUGAUUCAGAUUCAGAAUCAGCCUUUCCUUUUGAACUCAGAUCAAGUUACGAGAUUCAUCAGAAGCUGCAAUUUGAUUCUUAAUAAACUCAGUAGAUUAGCUCUCCCAGGUCAUUAAAAUAAAUAUUUUCAUCCACAAGGCCCCAAGGUUAGACUAUUGACCAGACAGUCUGUGUUACCUGUAAAAUCAGGUUUUACAAGUUUUGAAUGUAGUAGGUCCCCUGUCAAAGUGGCUGGUAGAGAAGAUGCACUUAAUAACCGCAGCCGGAGCGUUUAGUUGUUGGCUGAAUUUAAUGUCUCCAAAACAUGUUGCCCAAUUCUGAUAGGUGCCGCAUUUUUUGUUGUGUUAUUUGUAUCUUGCCAUUGGUUGUAGGCUGACUAAGGAGGCUUUGAGGUUAGAAGCAUUGGCCGACUCAGUUAAGGAAAAGGAUUUGCUUAUAUUAAAUAUUCAGUGAAUUUACUGUAAACUUUUGUUCUUUCAGAAUCACAUGGAACAAUCUUGUACUCACUAAUAUGAUGUUGCUUCCCACGCUCCGUGAAAGCUGCCACUCUUUAGUCUUGGAAACUGUGGGUAUUUCUGUUAUACGACUGUUUGGUUUUCACAUAUCUGCACAAGUGCCAGUAAAGGUUUGCCAUUAUUGGGCCAAAUUUUUUUUUUUCUUUUUUAGCCCCUGUUUGGACAGUUGGGGGAGGGUGGACAUGUUGGCAAAGUACUUCCACACACUAAAAAUGUGUCAUUUCCAACACAUUUUGGAAGCCUAGAUCAGGACAGCAUACGUUGUGUUGCUUUAUAACACAGUACGUGAAACAGAAAGUCAUGUUUUAAAAAUGAUCAAAAUAGCUGGUGUUGAAAAGCAACAGUAUGCAUAUCAUAACACACUAUGUACACAAGAAUGCAUUGAAAAUGACAUCCUUUUUCAAGUGUGUAGGAGGUUGCGGUAUCUGGUUUUUUAUUUUCUCUUCUCAAAUGUUUGUUUAUCCUCUCUGUGUUGCCUGUAUUUUAUUUUAUUUUUCAGUGUUACUUCAUUUAAAAAAAGAAAAAGAAAAAAAAGCAUGUACCAUAACCAAACCAAUAUCAGGACAGUUCAAACUAGCUUCUUAAGGAUUGUAACGCUGGGGUUGGGGUUUUCUUAAAGGGAAGGUUAAGGAUUUUUUUUUUUUUUUUUUUUUUUUUUUGGUCACUUUUUUUUUUAUUUAUCUCUUAAGAUUUCACACCAGACAAGAUUAAAGAUGCACCAUCCACAUCAUGCUAAUACGGAUUUCAUACUGGCUAGAAAUAAUUAUCAUCAUGUACAGUCUCUUAAGGAACAGUUAACCUUAAAAAUUGCAUGCAUGCAGGACUGGCAGUUUUAAAAGUAGGAUACUGACUGUGAUCUAUAGGAAAGACUAAUAAAAAUCCUGACACCUUCCUUUUAAAAUAUGUAUCUGUGGGUUAUUGGGAUCUGUGAAAACUUCAGUAACUUGUAACUUGAAGCGAGGCAUGAAAGACUCAUCGCCCAGUAGCUUAGAUCCUCCACGACCAUAUUGCUUCUGUAUGACUCAUCUGAGGGAGGACUCUGUAAUGUUAUGUUUUAGUAAAACUAUUUUUGUUAAGCGUUUUUUGGUUGAUCUCUUUCUUGCUCCUUCAUUUCCUUUAUUUUCUCGCAAGCUUUGUGUUACAUAGACUUGUUUGUUUGUUCGUAUCCUCACCCAGAUAUAUGUAACUGUUUCUAACUGCUAUAUUUACUCAAAUCCUGACGAAGGAGCAAGGCGUAAAAACCUAGUUAAUUUAUUGUUUCCUCAAGGGGUUUAACAGUAAACCUAAAACGAAAUCAAGUCACUGGAUUGUUGAGGCAUCUAGAUCAAGGUAUUACGAGAUCCAACUCUGAAUAAUCAGCUCCCCGUGUGUAAAAAGAAGAGUUCUAUCAGUAAUUUCAGUACAUUUGCAUACAUGGCUCUUCAAAUGCUCUGUAAAUAAACUGAGUUGAGUAA